GUCAACACUGAGACACUCAAAGAGAGAGACAGAGAUCAGUCCUCCAGUAGGAAGGGCCAGCGGCACACAUCACACAGGUUUCAUAAGCGAGAAGCAGCCAUGGCAGCCGUUCCUGAUGUACAGGAGGAGUUGAUGGAGUUCUGCAGUGUGAAGGAUGAACAGUUCUACGAAGUUGACCACCCCUACUUCGGGAAGAGCUCCAACCAAGGCUUGACCCCCUGCUCCCUGUCCCAGAGCUGCUCAGCCUGCGACCGGGGCAUCCAGUUGCAGUUCACAGAGCAGACCUCUCCCAAAGUCUUCCGCAGAUCCGUGUUCCUGGUGAUCGCCACAGAGAAGAUGAAGAAGGGAUUGAAAACAAGAGCAUUCACGGAUGAUGAUUUGAUGGGCAUCUUCGAUAUUGUCUUCGAGACCAUCUCGUUGGAGAGUCAUAAUGUCACCCACACAGUGGAUUCCAUCUACCGCUACUUCAGAUCCAUCUCUUAUGAAAUUCGGGACACUGACCAGAAGUGCUUCAAGCUGGAGGCUCCCGCCCAACUGGUGGCGAUGCAUUUGCAAGGCCCCAGCAUCAGACACCAAGUGAAGUUAAACAUGGCUCUCUACAGACCGAAAAGUGGCACAAGCAACCAGAGCUCCAUGAGGUUUCCGGUUGCUCUGGGCAUCAAGGGGAGAAGUCUCUACCUGUCCUGUGUGCAAAAUGGCCAGCAGCCAGUGCUGCAGCUGGAGGAGGCCGAUAUCCUGAAGGAUGUUGACGGAGCCGAGUUGGAGCGCUUCAUCUUCUACAAGGUGGAAAACGAGAGCACAGCCCAGUUCGAGUCAGCCGCCCACCGCGGCUGGUACAUCUGCACCUCCCCCCAGAACAACCAGCCCGUUGGCAUCACCAACCGGCUUGGGGAAGUGUUCAUCACCAACUACUACCUCACCCAGUCCAAGCACUGAGCGCACAUCCCAAACCAGCAGUUACUGGUUUCAGCAGAAUCUUUGUAUGUACUAAGUACAUGGAGGAAUGAUUGUAUUUAUGAGGGAGCCCUGGCUCAUGGCUCAGAAUGUGACUGUAGCAUGUCUCUAACAUGUAUGUAUUGUGUCUUUCUGUUUGCUUUGUGCCCUGCCCUGUCCUAGAGCAUGGGCCAGUGGGUCUGAUCUAGCCCCAGCAUCUAGAAUUAACCUCUUACUGGCGUGAGAGCUCUAUAUUAGAGCCCUCUUUAUUAGAGACUUAUCUUAGUGGCUGUCUCUUCUCUCCCACCUUCCACGGCUUUGGUGACCAAGCUAAGGCCGAUGGCCCCUGGUUUGUGGAUCUCCCCAGACCCACUUUAACCUCUCCUUUCUCAUAAGCUGUAUCAGCCCAACCAUGCAGAUUUGCUGGGGGUUUCCAUUCUGCGUUGCGGGAUCAUGGUAUAUUAACUUCAUGUAAAUUAUCUGUGCUGCACUCAUUAAUUAUUAUUGUUCAUAUCACACCAUCAGGCCCCGAUUCUGCAAACACUCAGGCCCAUCUCCGCAAGGAUAUGUAGGCUCCUAUUUCCCACUGGCAAAUACCUUUGAGGAGCCAGGUCUUAGAGACUUGGGUAAAGUUACUCAAUUGGUUGCAGGACCCAGCUGCGUUAGGAAUUUGUCCCCUGUGCCCUAUGGAAACCAGACUUUUGCCCAUGAGUUUAAAGCAGCAAGACUAAGGCUCGCAAGCCACUUUUGGCUUUUUAUUGUGUCUCUUCAGCUCAUGAUAUUAAAACACUGUGGGAUUUAAUUAUUAACCAAUCUAAGUUAUUAACCAAUCAGGAUGGUUUUUUCCUAUGUAAGUAAGUAAGUUCAGAAAAGAAUAAUACUUGGUCAGUCAUUUUGCUGUGAGACUAAUAUACACAUACGUUAAAUAAUAUAAAUAUUAGAGAUGGAGGAAUAGCCCUCAUCAUGCAGCAUGAUUUUUUUUUCUGUAAAAAUGCUAUUGUGUUGUUUUAAUUCAAAAUUAAGUUGUUCUAACUAUUUCACUGUUGGUAACUUCUGUUAACAUGUUAAUUAUAAAUGAGGGCAUUUUUGGAAUUUAUUUAUUGACCAAUUUAAUAUUGCUGGCCUGAUUUUUAAUAAACAAAUCUGUAUUGGUGAUC